UCCACUAAACUCAAAAAUGACUUCCUCUCUUCCCCUCCCCUCUCUCUCUCUCUCUCUAUCUCUCUAAAAGCUGACUUCUCACAUUCCAUAAUCCAUUAUUCCUUCCUUAACUCUCAAAAAUCCAUCCAUAGACACGAAAAACAGACUCUCACUCUUGCUUUCUCGUAGAGAGGAUAGAAAUCAUGCCUGUUCUUGCUGCGGAGGCCUCAUCUAUGGGAGAGCAGAAGAAAUGGAGGAGACCCAGAAGCCAGUUUCACCAACCCAUUUCAGAGACAGAUCCUCCGAGUCCAAACCCGCAAAUCCCUUCCAUUAUCCAAUCCACUCGCUGCAAAUCCACCAUCUCCUCCUUCCUCCUAUCCACCUUCUCCUCCACCACCACCACAAAUGAAACCUCACCCGCUGCCAAUAGUAGCAACAAGAAAAAGAACAACUUUGCCUCAGCAAAGUUUAGAGGCCUGGGGUGCACAGCCUCGGCGUCGCAACAGGUGUCGGUGCCGGCGAUGAUUCGGGGCUCGGCGGACUGGGAGAGCAGGAAGAGCAGGAAGAAGAAGAAGAAGACGAAGAUUAAGAACUUUAACAACAACAACACUAACAACAAGGACAGGGAGAGUAAUAAGACCCAUCAUGGAGGAGUGGGAGAUGGGUCUAAUUCUCUAAAUUGUAUGGAUGCUCAAGAUGUUUGGUGUGGUCCCGGGAUUGGUUUUUCGGCGGAGGAUUGCGUAGUGGCGAGAAGGAAUGCGUCCUCUGGGAGGGGCAAGAUUGAUGGCGAGAAGAUGAGUCAUAGGGAGCGCCCUUUCUCAAGGCGAGCAGUCAACCCUGAACCUAUAUCAUUUCUGGAUUCUGACUCUGACUAUGUACCUACACUCCCUGGUUCAGAAGUAUUUGGAACUAGGUAUUACCGCCAUGUUCGCCAUCCUUCUCCCGAGGGCCUUGCUGAGAUUAUGCUGCUCCAAAAUAGUCUGAUAAUGGGGGGAAGAUUUGACAUACAGGAUCGAUAUAGAGAACUGAGACUUGAUGUAGAUAAUAUGUCAUAUGAGGAAUUGCUUGAGCUUGGUGAGAGAAUUGGUUAUGUGAGUACUGGAUUAAAAGAAGAAGAAAUAGGCCGUUGCCUCAGGAAAAUUAAGCUCUCACUUGUAAAUGAUCUAUCGGCACAUUUAUCUAAGCAAGUAGAUAGGAAGUGCAGCAUUUGUCAGGAGGAAUAUGAAGCAGAUGAUGAGAUGGGUAAGCUGGAUUGUGGACACGGCUAUCACAUACAAUGUAUAAAACAGUGGCUUGAACAGAAAAAUUCCUGCCCUGUCUGUAAGGCUGAAGUGCUGGCUUGAUGGUAAGAAUGGUGACAGACUUGUUGCGACUUCCUCAAUGCCAGAGGUUUUUGGACACCGCUUCUCUUUUUACCCCCUCUAUCGUGUAUAGAUUUCAUUUCCUCCAAUACAUGAUCAAGAAUUGAUUCUUUGGUGUGAAGCUUCAGCCACUAUUUGCUUGUUUUGAUACAAUGGGCUUAUUUGGCAAUUUAGCAGUUCCAUGUUAAUUGAAAUUAUCUGGAAUUUAAUACGGAUCAUUAAUAUCAUAUAUUAGGUUACACAAUCUUUGUUUUUCUUUGAACAUAUUCAUUCAAUUUGAUAGA